AUGAGUCACUUAUUUGGCAUUGAGCUGGAUGCUCUGGCGACUGCUUUCCAAACGUCAGAAAGUCCAAAAGUAUUUGGAACUAUGCCUUCCACCGCGCCGCCGAACCGUCUUGCUACCCCGUUUUUAACGAAGUUCCCGCUACCUUUAACGCGCAAAUCGAGGCUCAAGCUACCCAAAUUAAGGGCGGUAACUAUUCCUACGGAAGAGGGAUGUCUUCAUGAAGUGGUUCUUCCUGUUGGCUCCGAUCAUUUUGCUCCAUUACGACCAAUAUCGCAGACACCAUCCAAGACUUAUCCUUUUAAGUUGGAUCCCUUUCAACGUCAGGCAAUUUUGUGCAUCGAAAAUAAUCAAUCAGUCUUGGUAUCUGCUCACACAUCUGCCGGUAAAACAGUGGUUGCCGAGUAUGCGAUUGCUCGGAGUUUGGCGAAUAGACAACGAGUUAUUUACACAACCCCUAUUAAAGCUCUAAGUAAUCAGAAAUUUCGUGAAUUUUCGAUGGAAUUCAAGGAUGUGGGUUUGAUGACUGGCGAUAUUACAAUAAACCCGGAAUCAACCCUUCUUAUAAUGACUACUGAAAUUCUUCGAUCGAUGCUUUAUCGUGGAUCGGAGGUGACGAGGGAGCUGGGCUGGGUGAUCUUUGAUGAAAUUCACUAUAUGCGUGAAAGGGAACGAGGAGUAGUGUGGGAGGAGUCCAUUAUUCUCCUGCCAGACAGUGUGCGUCAGGUUUUCCUCAGCGCCACUAUUCCCAAUGCCAGGCAGUUCGCCGAAUGGAUUGCUUUCUUGCACAAGCGACCAUGCCAUGUCAUUUAUACUGACUACCGUCCCACACCUCUUCAGCAUUAUGUAUUCCCAUGUGGUGGGGAUGGCAUCUUCUUGGUUGUCGAUCAAAAACGCAAAUUCUUGGAAGCCAACUUCAAUUCUGCGUUGGACGUUGUUCGCGGGGCCGCAGGCAACGCACGCUCGGAUACAUCGAUGCGUGGUCGGAAGGGCGGCUCCCUUAGGGCUGCAACCUACUGCUACAAACUGGUCAAACUUGUGAUGGAUCAAAAACUCGAGCCUUUAAUAGUUUUCUCCUUUAGCAAGAAGGAUUGUGAAUUCUACGCCAGUCAACUAUCUCAGGUGGAUUUUAACGGGGGUAAAGAUAAGGCUGCCGUUGAUUUAAUCGUUGGAAAUGCUCUUGAAUCUCUUUCACCGGAGGAUCAGAGACUUCCACAGAUUCUCUCAACGCUACCGAUACUCAGAAGGGGCAUUGGUAUUCAUCAUGGAGGUUUACUACCGAUUCUCAAAGAAAUUGUUGAAAUUCUCUUUGCUGAGGGUUACCUUAAGGUUCUUUUUGCCACUGAGACUUUUGCCAUGGGGUUGAACAUGCCAGCACGAACCGUGCUCUUCACGGCAACGCGUAAGUUCGAUGGGAAGGACUUCCGUCACAUCUCAUCCGGUGAGUACAUCCAAAUGUCGGGUCGUGCGGGGCGGCGUGGUAAGGAUGAUCGAGGCACAGUGAUUCUUAUGCUUGAUGAAACCGUUACCCCCGAUGCGGCCAAGCAGCUUCUUUUGGGUAUGCCGGAUCCUCUUAAUUCGGCCUUCACACUCUCCUACAACAUGGUGCUCAGUCUUCUUCUCGUUGAGGACAUCAAUCCUCAGAUUAUGCUUGAGAAGAGUUUCUUUCAAUUCCAAAACUACGCGUCAAUUCCCGCUUUAGAGCAAAGUGAGUCUGUCGGUAUUUUUAGCCAACAUUUUUGA